GUGGCGACUCCGCUGGGGACUAUAAAGAGUCGAGCUACGCAAAAGAAGUCAACGGUACCUGGAAAAAAUGAAAUGACAAGUUGCUAUGAUCGCAAGGAAUCUAUCAGAAAUUUUGAAGAAAUUAUUCGUUCAAACAUCAAUAACCCAUGCCCAAUCACGGAGAUCAGUAAGCCUACUAUAAGAUCGAGCUUGAUUUGAAGAUGAUGUAGCCCUGCAUAAUCAAAUAAAUGCGAGAUACUUCACCAUAUUGAAGAAAUAUACCAGCAUUUGCUUCAUACUAAGGAAUAAAGAG